CCCUCCCCUCCCCCUCACUACAGAGUGCGCGAACGAGAAAGGAGGAGGGCGCUCCAAGCGACAGCGCUGCAGACGCCAUUAUCCUCUGUUUCUCCGCUGCACGGACGUCGCCGUCGUGCUCGCCUCCCGCUCGAUAGCGGCCUAUUGGUGCAUUCAUUUAAUUCAAGAAAAUGGAGACCGAACAGCCAGAAGAAACCUUCCCCAACACCGAAACCAAUGGUGAAUUUGGUAAACGCCCUGCAGAAGAUAUAGAAGAGGAACAAGCCUUUAAAAGGUCUAGAAAUACUGAUGAGAUGGUUGAAUUGCGCAUUUUGCUUCAGAGCAAGAAUGCUGGAGCAGUGAUUGGAAAAGGAGGCAAGAAUAUUAAGGCUCUUCGUACAGACUACAAUGCCAGUGUUUCAGUCCCAGACAGCAGUGGCCCCGAGCGCAUACUGAGUAUCAGUGCUGAUAUUGAAACAAUUGGAGAAAUUCUGAAGAAAAUCAUCCCUACCUUGGAAGAGGGCCUGCAGUUGCCAUCACCCACUGCAACCAGCCAGCUCCCGCUCGAAUCUGAUGCUGUGGAAUGCUUAAAUUACCAGCAUUAUAAAGGAAGUGACUUUGACUGCGAGUUGAGACUCUUGAUUCAUCAAAGUCUGGCAGGAGGAAUUAUUGGUGUUAAAGGUGCUAAAAUCAAAGAACUUCGAGAAAACACUCAGACAACAAUCAAGCUUUUCCAGGAGUGCUGCCCUCAUUCUACUGACAGAGUUGUUCUUAUUGGAGGAAAACCUGAUAGGGUGGUAGAGUGCAUCAAGAUCAUCCUUGACCUUAUAUCUGAGUCUCCUAUCAAAGGACGUGCACAGCCCUAUGAUCCCAACUUUUAUGAUGAAACCUAUGAUUAUGGUGGUUUUACCAUGAUGUUUGAUGACCGACGUGGCCGGCCUGUGGGGUUUCCCAUGCGGGGAAGAGGUGGUUUUGACAGAAUGCCUCCUGGUCGGGGUGGGCGUCCCAUGCCUCCUUCUAGAAGAGAUUAUGAUGAUAUGAGCCCUCGUCGAGGACCUCCUCCACCUCCUCCUGGUCGCGGUGGCCGGGGUGGCAGCCGAGCCCGGAAUCUUCCUCUUCCUCCACCACCACCACCCAGAGGAGGAGAUCUGAUGGCUUAUGACAGAAGAGGAAGGCCUGGAGACCGCUAUGAUGGCAUGGUUGGGUUCAGUGCUGAUGAAACUUGGGACUCUGCAAUUGACACAUGGAGCCCAUCAGAAUGGCAAAUGGCUUAUGAACCACAGGGUGGUUCUGGAUAUGAUUAUUCCUAUGCAGGGGGCCGUGGCUCAUAUGGUGAUCUUGGCGGACCUAUUAUUACCACACAAGUAACUAUUCCCAAAGACUUGGCUGGAUCUAUUAUUGGCAAAGGUGGUCAGCGUAUUAAACAAAUUCGUCAUGAGUCGGGAGCAUCAAUCAAAAUUGAUGAACCUUUAGAAGGAUCCGAAGAUCGGAUCAUUACCAUUACAGGAACACAGGACCAGAUACAGAACGCACAGUAUUUGCUGCAGAACAGUGUGAAGCAGUAUGCAGAUGUUGAAGGAUUCUAAUGCAAGAUAUUUUUUCUUUUUUAUAGUGUGAAGCAGUAUUCUGGAAAGUUUUUCUAAGACUAGUGAAGAACUGAAGGAGUCCUGCAUCUUUUUUUUUUAUCUGCUUCUGUUUAAAAAGCCAACAUUCCUCUGCUUCAUAGGUGUUCUGCAUUUGAGGUGUAGUGAAAUCUUUGCUGUUCACCAGAUGUAAUGUUUUAGUUCCUUACAAACAGGGUUGGGGGGAGGGCAUGCAAAAACUAACAUUGAAAUUUUGAAACAGCAGCAGAGUGAGUGAAUUUUAUUUUUUGUUCAUUGUUGGUGGUUUUAAAAAAAAUUCCCCCGUGUAAUUAUUGUGAACACCUUGCUUUGUGGUCACUGUAACAUUGGGGGUGGGACAGGGAGGAAAGUAAUAGUCCACAUGUCCCUGGCAUUUGUUCAGAGCAGUGUGCAGAAUGUAAUGCUCUUUUGUAAGAAACGUUUUAUGAUUUUUAAAAUAAAUUUAGUGAAUCUAUUUUUGGUGGUCUUUUUUUUUUU